ACAUCGUAUAUAGGAAAACUAUUGUGCAUGCUUAUAACUAGUAUUUAAAUGCCAGUACUAGUCGACUUUCUGUUUCGAAAUAUGACGACAAAUUAUAUAAUGCCGACAUUUUUAUGUUUACAGGACUAUUACAUGUAGUGUACAUGAUUAAGAAAACGAGAUUUUUUUUCGCCAAAGACGAAGGAUUGAGACAUGGCUACUGGCUUUGGAACUCCACAAUUCCAUCUUAAUUGUGACCAAUGUGAAGAACGUUGUGGCUUCAACUGUAACAUAUGCGGUCUUAAACUAUGUGAUUCCUGCAAAGAAAAACACAGUGUGGACCCAGUAACAUCACACCACAAGGUCAUUCAAUUUUCAGGCCAGGAAAUUUUUAAAUUCCUCAAUGAGAAGUGUCAAAUACACACUGACGAAAACCUAUGUAAAUUAUGUUCGAACUGCGAGACUUUCGUCUGCACGAAAUGCUCUGUAAGGCCUAUUCACAAGGACCAUUUAUUUCUUGAAAUGAGAAAUUUGUAUAAAUGUUAUUCUGAAACACGAAGAAGUGAAAUAUCGAAAAUUCGGGAACAUUUAAUACCAACGUCUUACAAUAUUGUUCGUGAUGUCGGAGAAGAUGUUACAAAUAUAAAAGACAUGUUUGAAAACAUUAGAAGGGGUUUGAAAUCCGAAGCUGAUGCUCUUAAAACUUUUGUCGAUAAUGUAGUUUCUGGUGAAAUUGACAAACUUGGAAAAAUCGAAAAAGAUAUUAUCGAAAAUCUUAACAAUGAAGAAGAUACUUUAACAGAUUUUAUAUCAUAUCUAACUAAUCUCAGACAAACAUAUGAAUCGAAACUUCUGAAUACAGAUAAAAAUGACAUCAUAGUCAGUCAAAGGGAAAAUACGACAAUAAAAACCAUUCCUAUUCCUGAAACUCACACUCCUGAUACUUAUGAGUACGAACCAAGAAGAGCCACUAUUGAGGAAGUGUCCAAAUUGUUCGGUAGUGUCAGGCUUAAAGCAAACGGUGCAAAACGGAUUGUGGAUAUUGAUGAUAAAUUGACAUUAGAUACAAAGCAGAAGAUACCAGAUAAAACAAAAAUAAAACCAGAAAUGGUUUUAAGAAGGUCAGCAGCCGUUAAAAAGUUGAAGGAAAUAAAUGUAAACGGAGUCCAUGAUGGGUGCCACAUUUCAUUUGACAUCGACAGAUUAUGGAAGGGAAGACAUAUUGCUUCGCUGCUGUCUCUCGGUCGAUCGGUCCACCAACAGUUUCCGUUCAUUUUCUUUGCAUAGGAUGCACCUAUUGAAAUGGAAUUUGGUAUACAGAAUCAUCAUAAUAAUAUCAAACUUUGGGUAUGAUCGAGCAAUUUUCGACAGAGUUAUGCACCUUGAACGUGGAAAAAUACCAAUUAUUUGCAGUUUCCUUUCAUUUUCUUG